AAAAUUUUUAUAAACAAACAAUUUUUUGUAUUUCUGAUUAUCUUUUCUUCCCUUUUAAUUAAAUUGUUUAAUUGUCUUGGUAUCGUAUUAUUAUUCGUUAAUCAUCUUGUCUUAUUGUAAUUAUGCUCAGUUCAACUUCUUCUAAUCGUCAAGUUUUCCAAGCUUAUCAAUCUUAUCGUAAUAAUAAUAAUGAAUCUCUUAUUGAUCUUUUUACUACAUGUGAACAAGCAAAAUCUAUUUCCAAAUUAGCUCAAUUACCUUUGAGUUCGUCUGAACACGAAAAACUAGUCGAUUAUUUAUUAAACAAAUCCAGAAGUGGCAAACUCCAAGCGAUUCUUUGUCUCCUAUUAAAUGGUAAACUAGAUGAAGCUCAAAAAUAUAAAGAUUUAUGUUUUUCAACAUCAACAAGUGGCGAUGAGAAUGAUGAUGAUCUCUUUCAAAGUGGAAUGAUUAUUUCAGCGAUGAUUGAAUCUUAUGCUAAAAAUUUACCGAAUUUCUCAUCAACAAAACAAUCAACAUCACAAGAACCAAGUACACCAAAAAGUGAAAAAUUCCAUUCUGGACAAGAAACUCAAACACCUUUUACCGAUUCAAGCAUCAUGAAUGAAAGUGUCCGUCGUCGGCGAUCCCGAAAGCCCAAAGAUCAAACCCCGAUGCCAACUCACACAAUGACGACACGAGCUUCGGCCAGAAAGAAGUCUAAUAAAUACCCAAGAUUGAAUUAGUAAAUUGAUUGAUUAGAUUUUUGUAAUUUCUAAAGCUCAUAUUUUCUUUUUCUAUUCAUUUCCUUCCGUUUUGUAAUUCCUUCUGACCUUCCAAAAGUUGAGAGAACAUGUGAUUUAAGAUUAAACCCUCAAAAGACUCGAGAUUCAAUAGGGAAUAAAUUUUAUUAAAUUAAUGAGGUUGAUCAACAUAA